GGCGGCGGCGCCCGGGGCGCCCGGGGGCCUGGCCGGGCAGCUGGAGGCGCUGCGGGGACGGCUGCUGGAGGACAUGGGCGUCGUGCGGGGCCGCCUGGCGCCCUCCUACCCAGCCGGCCUGGGCGCCUUCGGCACCUACCUGCGCGGCUACCACGGCGCGCUGGCCGAGUGGAUCGGGGCCGCCGCCCGCCGGAGGCUGCCGCUGGCCGACCGCUACGCGCUGCUGCACUGGCACAACCAGGUGUACCCCAGAGAGGUCCUGGGUCUGGUGGACAUGGUUGCUCUGGAGAACGGGGAGCUGGGGCCCCUUCUGUCGCCCGGCACCCUUCGUGGCUUGGAGGAUGAAUGUGUCACAGACGUGAAGGCUCAGACGCGGGCAGCCCUGCUUCGAGUGCUGCAGGAGGAUGGGGAGCACUGGGGGAGCACGGAGGACUGGUCCAGCAACCUGGCCCAGGACGUGUGUGAGCUGCUGGAAGAGCACACAGAGCGAGCGCCCCGCAUCAGCCAGGAGUUCGGGGAGCGGAUGGCCCACUGCUGCCUAGGAGGGCUGGCGGAGUUCCUGCAGAGCUUCCAGCAGCGUGUGGAGCGAUUCCAUGAGAACCCAGGAGUCCGCGAGCUACCACCCGACACCUACAUCAGCAGGACCAUCUCCCUGGUCAACUGUGGCCCCCCUCUGAGGGCUCUGGCGGAGCGCCUGGCCCGAGUGGGGCCCCCCGAGAGUGAGCCAGCCCGGGAAGCAGCCGCCAGCGCUCUGGACCGCGUGAUCCGACUCUGCCACCGCAUCCUGACCGACCUGCUGUUCCAGGAGCUGCAGCCGCACUUUAGCAAGCUGAUGCGCAGGAAGUGGCUGAACAGCUCGGAGGCCCUGGAUGGCAUCGUGGGCACGCUGGGCGCUAAGGCCCUGGCGCUGCGCAGAAUGCAGGAUGAGCCUUACCAGGCGCUGGUAGCUGAGCUGCACCGGCGGGCGCUCGUCGAGUACGUGCGGCCCCUGUUCCGCGGGCGCCUGCGCUGUGGCUCCGCGCGGACCCGCAGCCGCGUGGCCGGAAGGCUCCGGGAGGACGCCGCGCAGCUGGAGAGGCUGUUCCGACGGCUGGAGUCCCAGGCCUCGUGGCUGGACGCCGUGGUGCCCCGUUUGGCCGAAGUUCUCCGCCUGGAAGACACGCCGAGCAUCCAGAUGGAGGUGGGGGUGCUGGUGCGGGACUACCCGGACAUCAGGCAGAAGCACGUGGCAACGCUCCUUGACAUCCGUGGUCUGCGCCACACGGCCGCCCGCCAGGAGAUCCUGGCAGUGACCCGGGACCUGGAACUCUGCGAGGUGGCAGCCCUGUCCCCACCUAGGGACCGUGCCUUCUUCGCAGACAUCCCCGUGCCCCGGCCGCCUGUCUGCCUAAGCCUCCCCCUCUUCCUGGGCCGCCUCACCCUCUCCCGGCUGGCCUGCCUGCCGUGGCCUCGGCCUCCGGCUCCGUCUCCAUUACGGCGGCCCCAGGCCCGACGCUGAGACUCUCCCAACCCCACCUCAGUGCCCCCCAUCUUUGCUGCUGACAGACCAUCCCCCCCGACCCUGACUCGACUCCUAGCCUGGCACCACAGACGCCUGGGCUGGCAAGAUCCUUAGCGGUCUUCUCUCCUACCCCCAAACUCCCUGUUCCGAGGAGAAAGCGGCUAAAAGGAGCAAGGACUUUCCCAAGGCCAUGAAGCCCGUUCCCAGCACCAGCUCCCCAGCCCAGCAUGGGGUGGGUGGCGUUUUGGAAGGCUGUACACAAAUAUCCCAGGCCCCCCCCUUUCCCCUCACCUCAAGGUCUGGCCUCAAUCCAAUGUAUUAAGGAACGUACGAUACUUAGAAUAAAGAGGUUUCUAUUUAACACAAGGAAGGGCUGAGUCCCCAGUGUGUGGGGGGAGGAAGGACUGGGGCAGGGCCCAGGGCCAAGGGCUUCUCACACACCCAAGGCCGGGCUAGGGUCCAACUCCUGGGCAGAGCAGUGGAGGCCGCGGGAGGCCCUGCAGGACUGGAGCAGCCCUGCCGUCCCAUUCACACCAGGUCCCCGAGGCUGCGUGACUCUACGGCAGGCCCUCGGCCUCUCUGGGCCAGCGACCCUCAUUUUGUCCAUCCCCAAGUGCCUUCUCUCCUGGGCCCAGUGGUCCCACCUUGGCACACACCCCCUCCCCCAUCCUCAGGCGGGAAGCGGUAUCAAGAGAGGAAGGAGGUUGGGGGCAGGGCUGGCGGCAUCCAGGGCGCCCUCCUGGGUUGACGCAGGAAAAUCUCAGGGUGGGAAAAAUUCCAGCCUCUCACCCCCAGCCCUGCCGCCGGAUCCUAGUCCCCACGGAGACCUUGAGGUGACCUCCUUGCUGACCCCUACCCCUCCGGCCCAGUUGGACAGGCUGUGAUGGAUGCUUCCUGGCAUGGCUUUUUUUUUUCUUUCUGCAAAGUCGGAAGAAGGAGGCAGCCAGGGGUCAGAGUGGAGGCUGGGGUUGGAACCUCAUGCACAUUUGAACUCACGUUUGACGUCUGACGGUCUCUUGGAGCCCCAGGGCUGUGUGAUGCCAGGCAGGAAGCUGACCCUCUCUGGGCUGCAGUUCCUGUCCCUCUCUGAGGAACUGCUUAACCUCUCUUUGCCCAGGACAAGGUGAGAUGUCCAGAGGAUAUAUGCCCCUCACCUCACAUCCUCAAGUGAUACUUUCAAUGUCAUGGAUAUACAAGCGGGGAGUUGAGGAAUGAACCGGCUGCAGUUUGUGGACAUUUAAUGAAAGAUGUAUUCAUCUCAGUUUGGUAGGAUUCUUUUUCGAGAGUUUGGUGCCCCACUGUAAAAUGGCUGUAUUGAAAUAGAAUUUACACAGCAGAGAAUUCAUCCAUUUAAAAGUGCACAGUUCAGGGCAGCCACCUCUGCAGUCAAUCUUGGGAACAUUUCAUCCCCCUAAAGAAACCCUGCACCCCUUUAACCAUCAACCCAACCCCUCUAUCCCUUUCAGGCCUUGGGGACCACUGGGCUCCUUUUUCUCUCUGGAGAUCUGCAUGUUCUGGAACGUUUUUGUGUAAAUGGGAUCACAGAAAAUGGGGUCUUUGUGUGUGUGUGUAUGUGUGUACGGGUGUUCAGAACACAAUGUGAGAUCUACCCACUUAACCCAUUUCUCAGUGCGUAAUACAGUGCUGUUAACUAUCGCCACAAAGCUGAACAGCAGAUCUCUGCACUCCAACCGUGCGCUCAUUAAACAACUCUCCCCCCUCGCCCAUCCCAUCUGUUCUCUACUUUGAUGACUCUGAGUUAUUUUCAUUUUUCUUAUUUUCUAUUGAAGAGUAUAGUUGACUUACAAUGUUGUGUUAGUUUCUGCUGCACAGCAAAGUGAUUCAGUUGCACAUAUCUAUAUACAUAGUCUUUUCAUAUUUCCCAUUAUGGUUUGUUAUAGGAUGUUACACAUAGUUCCCUAUGCUGUAUGGUAGGACCUUGUUGCUUACCUGUUUUAUUAUGUCGUCACUUGUAUCUGCUAACCCCAAACUCCCAGUCUGUCCCUCCCUCACCCCCCGAGUUUGAGUAUUCUGAAUACCUCAUGUAAGUGGAAUCAUGCAGAAUUUGUCCUUUUUUGACGGGCUUAUUUCACUCCACAUCAUGACUGUCACAAAUGGAAGGACUUCUUUGUUAAGGCUGAAUAGUAUUCUGCUGUGUGGCUUCACCCACUCAUCUGCUGCUGGACAUUUGAGUUGUUCCCAUAUCUUGGCUACUGUGAAUAAAGAAGUGAUUUUUGGGGGGCCUGUCUUCUU